CCAAAGAAUGCAAUGUUGAAAUGAAAGUGCAGAACUAAAAGGACAAAUUGUGAAGACCCAUCGAAAAAGGGCUGAGUCAUGGACUUGAACUCCUGAUCCACUUUGUAGUGUGUUGAUGAGCCAGGUCAUUACCUCCUCAGGGACUGCACCAGGUCUGCUCCAACUCUGUGUUCUAGAAUAUUGGUCCUCAGUGUGUGGUUCCCAGGUGAGCAGCAGCAGCAUUUGGAAAUUUGUUAUAGAGGCACACUUUGGAGGCCUAAUGCCCUAUCUUCUCGAUCUGAUACUCUGAAAUUGAUGCUCAGCAAUCAGCAUUUUAGCAACUCACCACCUCGCUCUGAUGCAAGGAAGUUCAAGAACCACUCCUGUAAAAUACACAUUUAAUAUCAUAUGAUUUUGAUUUUCCUGCUAAUUUUCAGAGUUCAGAAAACUCUUAAGAAAAAAAUAUGUACCGCUGAUAUUAUAUUCAUGUUAGUUGGCAAAUGUGUAAAAAGAGUAGGUACUUAAACAUAACUGGAAAAGAUGUGGUAGAGCAGGUGAAAGGAGGACAGCAGAAAUGAGAGUGUAGGAGGAAAGAGAACAGAGAAGGAGAGAGAAAAGGAUAGAGGAGAAAGAAGAGGAGGGGGAGAGAGAAACAAAGAGAGAACCACAGUAAUGAUUUAUAAUAUUAAUUUCAUGUGACAUUAUAGAUUAGAGUGUUUCUGUAAAAUAAGGGACCUUUGUACAUCUGUUGUAUAUCUCGUCUCUAUUCUUUCUACCAGAAUCAUCAACAAACAUGGAAUCAGAAAACCAAACAGGCUUAGCAGAAUUCCUCCUCCUGGGCUUUUCAGAGAAUCCAGAACUUCAGCCCCUUCUUUUUGGAAUGUUCCUGACCUUAUACCUGAUCACUGUGGCUGGGAACCUACUCAUCAUCCUGGCCAUCAGCUCAGACUCCCACCUUCACACCCCCAUGUACUUCUUUCUCUCCAAUCUGUCCUUCACUGACAUCUGUUUCAGCACCACCAUGACUCCCAAGAUGCUGGUGAACAUUCAGACACAGAGCAAAUCCAUCAGUUACACAGGCUGCCUCACCCAGAUCUGCUUUGUCCUGGUUUUUGCUUGUUUGGAUAAUUGUCUCCUUGCAGUAAUGGCCUAUGACCGUUAUGUGGCCAUUUGUCACCCUCUGAGGUAUACAAUCAUCGUGAACCCCCACCUCUGUGGCCUGCUGAUUCUAUUCUCCUUGGUCAUUAGCAUCAUGAAUGCCCUGCUCCACAGUCUGAUGGUGCUGCAUCUGUCCUUCUGCAUAGACCUGGAAAUCCCCCAGUUUUUCUGUGAACUUCCUCAGGUCCUCAAGCUUGCCUGUUCUGAUACCCUCUUUAAUAACAUCUUGCUAUAUUUUAUGACUAGUAUCUUGGGUGGUGGACUCUUCCUUGGGAUUAUUUUCUCCUACAUACAAAUUGUCUCUUCUCUCCUGAAAAUGCCAUCAACAGGUGGAAUGUACAAAGCUUUUUCUACCUGUGGAUCUCACCUCUCAGUUGUUUCCUUGUUCUAUGGGACAGGUUUUGGGGUGUACCUUAGCUCUGCAGCUACUCUACCCUCUAGGAAGAGUGCAAUUGCAUCAGUGAUGUACACCAUGGUCACACCCAUGCUGAACCCCUUCAUCUACAGUCUAAGGAACAAGGACAUAAUGGGUGCUUUGAGGAAACUCAUCUCUAGAAUAUCUUCUUUUCAUUAAUGUUUCACCUGCUUUGGGCUUAAGCUGUUGGAAUAUGCCUGAGUGAAAUAAAUAACACUGAUUCAGAGAACCUGAUUAAGUUCUUUGAAUAGUAGGAGUUCAGAAAUUAUAAUGGUUAAGGGAGAAAAUUUGGAGUCAGAACACUUGGGUUUGAAUUCUACCUCUUCUCUGUAAUAGCUAUGUGAACUUUGUAUAUUUAUUUCAGCUUUCUAAGUUCAGUUGAAAGGUCCCUA